AUGCCACCACGGACCCCUCUGCAGGUGCAGGAGGUAAAGGAGGCGGAGGAGGCAGAGGAGGCGGAGGAGGCGGAGGAGGCAGAGGAGACAGAGGAGACAGAGGAGGCAGAGGAGGCAGAGGAGGAAGAGGAGGCAGAGGAGGCAGAGGAGGCAGAGGAGACAGAGGAGGCAGAGGAGGCAGAGGAGGAAGAGGAGGCAGAGGUGGCAGAGGAGGCAGAGGAGACAGAGGAGGCAGAGGAGGCAGAGGAGGCAGAGGAGGCAGAGGAGGAAGAGGAGGCAGAGGAGGCAGAGGAGGCAGAGGAGACAGAGGAGGCAGAGGAGGCAGAGGAGGCAGAGGAGGCAGAGGAGGCAGAGGAGGCAGAGGAGGCAGAGGAGGCAGAGGAGGCGGAGGAGGCAGAAGAGGCGGAGGAGGCGGAGGAGGCAGAGGAGGCAGAGGAGGCGGAGGAGGCAGAGGAGGCAGAGAAGACAGAGGAGGCAGAGGAGGCAGAGGAGGCAGAGGAGGAAGAGGAGGCAGAGGAGGCAGAGGAGGCAGAGGAGACAGAGGAGGCAGAGGAGGCAGAGGAGGCAGAGGAGGCAGAGGAGGAGGAGGAGGCGGAGGAGGCAGAGGAGGCGGAGGAGGCGGAGGAGGCGGAGGAGGCGGAGGAGGCGGAGGAGGCGGAGGAGACAGAGGAGACAGAGGAGGCAGAGGAGGCAGAGGAGACAGAGGAGGCAGAGGAGGCAGAGGAGGCAGAGGAGGCAGAGGAGACAGAGGAGGCAGAGGAGGCAGAGGAGGAGGAGGAGGCGGAGGAGGCAGAGGAGGCGGAGGAGGCGGAGGAGGCGGAGGAGGCGGAGGAGGCGGAGGAGGCGGAGGAGGCAGAGGAGGCAGAGGAGGCAGAGGAGGCGGAGGAGGCGGAGAGGACGGAGGAGGCAGAGGAGGCAGAGGAGGCGGAGGAGGCGGAGGAGGCAGAGGAGGCAGAGGAGGCAGAGGAGGCAGAGGAGGCAGAGGAGGCGGAGGAGGCGGAGGAGGCAGAGGAGGAAGAGGAGGCAGAGGAGGCGGAGGAGGCGGAGAGGACGGAGGAGGCAGAGGAGGCAGAGGAGGCAGAGGAGGCGGAGGAGGCGGAGGAGGCGGAGGAGGCGGAGGAGGCGGAGGAGGCAGAGGAGUCUGACAGUUGGGUGCCAACCAGAAUAACUCUUUUCUCCCACGGUCCAUGA